UUUACACAUCUAAAAAGAUAAAUAUUGUAAAAAAAAAUUACAUAUCAAAACACAGAUAUACCCAAACAUGAAGAGGGUCCACGUGGACAACUACACGCCGAAGUAUUACAGUGGCAAGUGGUCCUGGAACGCGGAAAAGGACUCUCUAGAGUUUGAGCCGCACAAUGAUCUGACCAACGCGCGAGAACGUUACAUCACCACCAAUGGGUUCAAGUUCCUGCGCACCAUUGACCAGGAGGAAGAGCUCAUCUUUCGGCAGGCUUAUGUUCGGGAUCAGGGCACCUAUGACUUUGACACGGUGGUGAUUAAUGAUAUCCGUGACUUGGUCCUCUUCCUGAUGCCCAGCGAUUUCCUGACCUACCGGUUCGUAGAGUUCAUGCACCGGCCGGCUGUCCACCGCCUUAUCCACGCUCUGAUCAUCUACUUUGAGUACUUUCUGAGGAUGGUAGAGUUUAUACUGGUGCGACGUGAUGAGCUGGCGGACCAGAUUCAAAGCGAUCAGACCAUCGAGAUGAAGAAAAUCUUCUCGAUAUAUCUCAGUCAGUAUCGUAUUCUGGUGGCCCGCAACUACAGUGUGAUCCUGAAGGGCGAAGGCGACAUGUCCAACUACUACCAUAUGAAGGAGAUUGUCAAUAUUUCGGAUACAAGUCGCGACAGGGUUUUCCACGAGCAGUUCCUCGCUGUGAUGACACAGAUUGUUUGGAUCAGCAUGCAUCGCCGGGCGUACUAUGUCAUUGAGAUGGAGAUGAACCGGCUGUUUCGAUCCGAUCACUUUGUGAUGACCCGGCCAGAGUAUCUAAGUUUUACGCCGGCGGAACGAAGUCUACUAUACGGCCGGAACAAUAAGAUAGUAAACUACCGCACACAGGUAUCGCCACUGAUCCAGGAACUUGAGCACGUGGCGGAAGAGGACAUGCCAAUUUUGUGGAUUGGGGAGCGAAAGUACCGAGGCACCGAUUUGCGAAUUAAUGAGAUGGAGUUGGAAUAUAUAGUACCAGGCCCCCAGCUUCGUAUGAUCGAUGUUGCGCACGGCAUUCUAGGCCAUCCGAAGGAUCUCUACAAUACCAUCCUCGACUUGGACUGGCCCACUGUUCGCUACUCGAACUUCUCGCUGAAAUACGAUCCUUACCACAUUAUGCGCCAGCCACAUCUGGACAUUCCCAGGAUGGAUGCCUUGAAGCGACGAAAGAUGAGCGAGCACUAUGAACAUUUCUAUAAGGUAUAUCGAAUCUACGAGCCGCAUAGCCUACAGAUCCUGUUCAAGUGGCUCAAGCGGGACAAGCUCGUCCAGUUCUACCGUUCCGGGGGACUGCUGCUCACCAAUGUGGUAUCCCGGGCCGAGAAGGAACUGGCCGAUAGGGUCCCGGUCACCAAGGUCGAUCAGGUCAUCGCUAAUUACUUCAAGGUCAAGUCAAGGCUGCGCAAGGGAUCACCUUUGGAAGCGGACAACAUUAGUAUCACAUCUUCGCGCAUCGGUGGCUUCAAUUCUCCACGCCAGAAGAAAACUACUCAGGAGUUCUAUUUCGAAUGAUUCUUUGGCUCCCUAUGAGGGCUUUAAAUUCUUCGGAAUUAAAAUAAUUCAAAAUUCGAUUUCAGUGAAUAAAAGUUUAAUUGGCUAUUUAAA